AUGACUGAUACUUCUAGUCUUAUGCAAGUCAAUGAAGAUACUUUCAAAUUAACCAAAGCAAAAGGUGCAUCCAUGUCAACCACUUCAAGAAAAGGAUCUACCAUGACAGUCAUCUUGGAACCUCAUAACAGUUCAUUUCAAACAAGAACACUCGAGCUAAAAGAUAAAGCUAAAGUGCGUAUUGGCAGACAGACAUCAAGCAAAACUUUACCAUCUGCUUUUAAUGGUUAUUUUGACUCGAAAGUAUUAUCGAGACAGCAUGCUGAAAUAUGGUGUGAAAGAUCCUCAGUUUUUAUUAAAGAUGUAAAGUCAAGUAAUGGCACAUUUGUGAAUGGACAGCGAUUAUCAAACGAAUGUGAAGAAAGUGAACCUAAAGAACUAUACCAUCAAGACCAAGUGGAAUUUGGUAUUGAUAUUUUUGGCGACAAUGGAUCAAUCAUGUAUUAUAAGGUUGCUUGUACUGUCCAUAUAUUUCCCAUGCCAUUAUCCCAGGUGGAUACAGACAUUAUUAAGGAACUUGGUAACCAUCAUUCUGCUCAAUCUUUAAUAAGGAAAACAUCAACUUCAUCUAUCAAUACGACAUCUGAAUUGACAGUCGAUAAUACAGGAGUCGGUAAUGGCACAGGGGGAGCAAAGAAAUCUCGCAAGUUGGAGUCCAUUUUACUUAAAUUACAAAGUGAAUUGGAUAAAUCAAAGCAAGUAGAGAAUGAAUUAAAGACGAUUCGAGAAACAGUAACAGAUCUUGAUAAGAUAGUGUUGAAUCAAGAUAAAGUUAAAAAAUCAGACGAACUUGAACUUAAACUAGAUCAAGCAGAAGCCACGAUUCGAUCCUUUGAUAAGAAAUAUAAGCAUCAAAACCAAGCUAUUCAAACUGCUAAACAAGAACUACACAAGUUGGAAAAAGAACUAGAAAAUAAGUGUCUUGAAAAAAAGCAAUUAGAACAAGAGUUGAUGAAUGAAAGAAUGCGAAUUAAAGAACUACAGGAACAAAUUCAAAAGGGUACUAACAAUAAGUUUUGGAACGCAUUUCAGGUAAAUUAA